AUGAGUUCAAUCGAUGAAAGUGUAAGAUUAAAAUGAAAAUUUCAAAACUUUUAAUUAUUGAAACAACUCUAUUUUUCAGGCUCAAUCACAACUUGGAAAAUGCUUGAGAGCAAUCCAAAUGUUUUUCACCAGAUUCUGUCACAAUCGUGUUGAACAAAAUCAACCAGUUGAAAUUGUUGUUCCAACGGAAAAUUUAGAACGUAGACAAUCUGAAGCAGCACAGAGCAAUGAUUUUUGUGACAUUGAUCGUGCUCACGUGCUCAAUUUGCUCACUUUGUCUGAGGACAGAUUGGCUUAUUAUUUCAAGUUUUCAACAACAAAUAGUGUGGAAGAUGCCCAACGCGUUCUCUCAGGUUAGUUACAGAGAAAUUGUUCUUGUUUAAUAUAUUUUUAAUUUCAGAUCUUCCUCGUACAGUUUGA